AUGAACCCCUCCAAUGGCUCCUCGCUGUCGACGUCCAAGAGCAACUCGACACUGCGCCCACGAACCCGAAGAUUGAUCUCCGUAGAAGAUGACAUAUAUGCAACGGACGGGAAUGAGAGCGGAUCGAGCAGGGCCACGUCGAGGUUAGCCUCGCGGAACACAUCUCCUACCCCAAAUGCACGCACAGGCGGCGCUUCCUCCUCGCGUCUGAACGUCACUUCCACCCCGUCGUCGUCCUUCCAGAGAUCUUCCGGCACCUCGACCCCAAAAUCGCCCUCGCAAACACUCUCUGGACUCUGGGGGAACUCUUUGGCGGCAAUCCAGGGUAUUGCCGCUACCGUCCUGGCUAGCGACGGCACCCCAGGCGACUCCGGAAACACUCGCAGGCGCACGAAACCGGGCCAUGGGCGACGUACGUCUACGAGCGCACCACCACCGAAACAAUGGGGCCCGGCAGGCGCAGGCUCGCAUGUUGGGGCUGGAACACACGAAGAAAGAGAGGCCAUGGUCAGAGCAAUGAAGCGGAAAGACCUGUUGACCGCAGGCGAGCAUCUGGUUCCCGACUCUGUUGGCCGUAUAAAGCGCAGGAAUUCGGAUGAACGACUCAGCGCGUCCGCACCUCCCAGUGAGAACGACGACCGAGAUGCACUCGUAUAUAUCCACCACGUUCGGCCGCAGGACACGCUGGCUGGACUCAGCAUCAAAUUCAACUGCGAGCAAGCUGUAUUACGCAAAGCCAAUCGUAUGUGGCCGAACGACAGCAUACAGUUUAAGAAGCAGGUGGUGCUACCAGUAGAUGCUUGUGGCGUAAAGGGAAGGCCAGUUCAGGGCCCGGAUGCUCUUCCUGCUGAAGAUCUACUAUUGGGAGAGUAUGGCGAUGGUUCGAGUAGCAAGGCCCCAGUUCCAGAUACUCAAGGUCUGCCUGAUGGCUGGACCACGUCGAAAAAGAAAGACCAAGAGACCAAUUCGGUCCCCUCUGAUGCAGAGACCCCAUGGAAACAUGAUUCAUGGGUGCUCCUCCCUAAUGAUAAACAGCCCACACAGAUCGGCCGCAUGCCACGCAGAGCACUUGGCUUCUUCCCACCCGCUCGGCGGAAGUCCCUCGCGUACUCCGACGCAUCAACACCUCGGGCGUCCGUCGACCUUCCGCGCUCCUCCACGUCCACGAAUCCACAUACCAGCUCUCCCUCGCAGUCUGUUCGACCACGUGCGUCGAGCAACCUGUCAUCUGCCUCGGCCCACAGCCGCCAAAGGAGCACAUCAGGCAAAGCAUGGGGUCUGCACGGCCCAGGAGGUGUCGGUACAAUGGGUAGAAACGUGCGGAGCCCUGGGCCUGCGCAGGACGGUCUGAACAAAAAGUUUGGUCAGUACCUGCCCAACAUGGCGCCCCCACCGGGUCAGGAAUACUUCACACCGUGGGCACCAGGCCUGCUGGACGCAGGUACCGGGACGUCGAGUCAGUAUGGCGGAUCUGGUGCUGUCACACCGCUCAGCGGUAGCGGCUUGGACUUUCAAGAGCUUGGAGGUGCUAUAGAAGGAUGGGUGAGAAAAGUUGGUACACAAGCGCAGAAGCUUUUGAAUGAGCCAGGUACACCCGGGCAGGGGAAGCGCAGUGCCGUGCCUGUCGUAGGAGCUGUCGGCGGUGAUCUGGGCGAUCUCAUAGAGCUCCAAGAUGAUGCUUUUGAGACAGGAGAUGAUGAAAGGGACAGGGGCAGAUCGAGGGCGGAAGAGACGCUUGCAUCGACGAACGAGCGCUCGGUAUCAAGACCAGCACAGCAAUAUCAGUCAGCACGACCAGAUAUCAACCUCGUCCUGAGAGACAGGACACGAAAGGGCGACAGUAGCAAGAAGGAUUAG